UAUUGCCCCGCUUGACUAACUAUUCCCGCCCCCUUCGUUGCGCGUUUUGCGUCCUGGCUAAAUCCAACAACUUGUGCGCCUCACUUGUCCAUCUGUACCCAGGCUACGUCAAGUUUUGAUUAUUCUUGCCUCAGUCAUAUCUAUCUUAGUAGCAGUUCUUCACUGUCGCGUAUCGAUUCGACUCAUAAGGCACUUGUCGCGUAUGCAUCCUGAAGAUUGUCUUGCACUGUAAAGCAUGGCGGGCUUUAUGCAGGAACUUUGGGAGUCCAUCUUCACCCCUGGCACCACUCCUACUCUCUUAGUCGCUACGAAUGUCACCUUCGCCUCUCUACAGCUCGUCCUCUUCCUUCUGUUGGUCGCAACAUAUAGCGUUCACUUUAUAGUACUCUCAUUCCUAUGCGGAGGUCUAUGGCUAGCUAUCAACUGGUUUGCAACCGAGCUGAGGACUGCCCAAGCAAAGGAGGCUAGGGAGAAAGCACGCUCCGAACAGCGGGCCGCGGUACACUCUUCGGAUGAUAGUGGAACCGAAGUAGAAACAAGCAUCUCAACGAAAAAGGCUGUAGCAGGAAAGGCCGUAACAGGAAAAGCCGUAUCAGGAAGCACGGAGGUGGAGGUUAAGGAACAGGCGGGAGAUUUGAAGCUCCGCUUGGAGACUUCCCCGGGAACGAAAUCUAGUGUCAGCACCGAAGACGAAUGGGAAAAGGUAUCUGAGAACGAGAACGAGAAGGAUAAAUGAAUUGCAUGUUGGAAGGGAACUGAACAUCUUACAUCAUAGUAUAUAAGGUACCACCAGGAGAGCGUUUGCACAAGCAUUUGUAGCGAGGUUGGGCCAGUCGCAUAGAUACCUUUGCGUUUUAGAGUGCUGGAGUUUAUACAACUGCGGCGUCUCCGUCUCUGGCAGCGUUGACAUGGGAGGAAAUAGACCUCAUUUAUCAAGUUAACACAAUUAUCAGUAUGCGAGUUACGAGUUGAAUUAUGCUCAUAUUGAACUAGUCAUAUGGAGAUUAUAUCGUUAUGGAUGAAAGUGAUAGUUUAAGUUUAUAGGUGGGAUGAAUGUAACGAUCUAUG